AUGUUCUCCCAACGCAUCCUCCGACUCUCCGCCAACCCGUCCCUCGUCGCGCGCCCAUACGCAGGCGCGUCGGCGCGCUACCUCCACAGCACGAGUAUCGCGCGUACAGGCGGGACAGAAGCACCCGGAAGAGAUCCUCGUCUCUCGCAGGGGACAGUGAGGAAGGAGGAAAACCUCCACCCGGGCGACCCCCAAGACCAGGCCGCACGCUCGGGUCAAUCGAACGCGGACAAGUCCCCGCUCGACGCCGCGUCCAAACAGAGGGGGAAGCAGGCCACUCGUGAGGGCCUCUCGGGCAAUGCUGAAGGCGUCGGGUUCGCCGAGCAAGUCGGCAGCGCGAGCUCCUCGGGCAGCGGAGGCUCGCGGAACGCAGCCGAGGGCGCAGGCGGGAAGGAGGAGGCCACCCCGCCCGGUUUCCUCGACGCUGUGAAGAGCACGCUCGGCUUCAAGACGACGAGCGGGGAGGUGAAGCAGAACCGUGAUGGCGGUGAAGGCGUCACGGGCACGGGCACUUUCGCAGGUCUGAAGGGCGAGCAAAAGCAGCACAAGAACGCAGGUCGCGGAUUCCACACCAGCGCGCGGGCGGCGAUGGCGGGGGACAAGACGACGACGGGCCAGGCGCCAGAGGCGAGCAGGCAACCCAAGGACCGUACGUACGCUGAGCAGAAUGAACAUCUGAAGCACCGGGAGGAGACUGACUCGUCCCGCGCGUCGAAAGGCAAAGGGAACGCGGCAGAGGACCCAUAUUUGCCGUCACAUAAGCUCGGUGACAAGUCGAACCCGGGCCAGCAGCGCCGCUCCUUGCACACCUCCACUCGUCGUCUGGAGGAGAAGCAUACAGCGGAGUCGUACUUUAAGGACGUCGACACGUCGCCUCCACAGUCAUCCAAGACGCACCAGGUUGAUUCGAGUGACAACAAGCUGGCGACACCCGAUGAGCCAGAGGCGGGCGAGUCCUCAGACAAAGGGAUGCAAACCAAGGAAUACCAGACGGUCGACAAGGACGAGCCCUAUGACUUGCCAGGAAAGGAUGACGAGCAGAAGUUGACGUACGGCGGA